CAAACAUCAGAGACGCACUCGUUGAGCAGGGGCCAUUAGUGUUAACAAAAUCCAAACGGACCACAGUUGAAAUAUUUCUAACCAAACGGUUUGUCUUCGGUGCCUUCUCUUUAUCGAAAGGACACAUUUGAGCUGUUUGUAAAAUGGGCAGGAGCCGGAGCCGCAGUCCAGCAAGACGAGCAGAGAGAAGACGUUCCCGCUCCACGUCACGGGACCGUGAGCGAAGGCGAAGGGAGAGGGAACGCUCUCGUUCUCGAGAUCGGGACAGAGAGAGGCGCAGAAGUCGUUCACGCUCUCCUCACCGUUCCAGGCGUUCCAGCAGGUCUCCUUCUCGACGUCAUCACUCCGCCUCCCUCUCUCCUGGGAGCCAAAAAGACAAAGAUGCCAAGGAAAAGGCAGGGAAGCCCAUUCAGAUUUCAGAGGAAGACAUGGAGGGGAAAACAGAGGAAGAAAUUGAGAUGAUGAAACAGAUGGGAUUUGGUUCCUUCGAUACAACUAAGGGGAAGAAAACGGAUGGAUCAGUGAAUGCAUACGCCAUCAAUGUGUCCAUGAAGAGAAAAUACAGGCAGUACAUGAACAGAAAAGGUGGAUUCAACAGACCACUGGACUUCAUUGCUUGAAAGGAUCAGACGCUCAGUGCGACACCCAGGAAGAAGCUUUCCUCUGUCCUGCCCUCACAGAGGCUGAGAUUGUGCUGUUACCUGUUGGUCGUCACGUGUUCUGCGCGGUGCAACAAUUCUAUACCAGUAAACACGUAUGUAAAUAAUAGUGCUGAGCUGAGUAACCAGAGGACAAAAUGUGUGGAGCUUUAUGUUGUUGAAAGUGUUGUUUAACUUGAAAUAAAGGCAUUUUAAGGUGUUGACUAUAAAA